AACUAAAUAAACGAGUGUCUAAUUGUGCAGCAGACACGUGUCGUCAAUAAUUUGGUACUUCAGUGCAUCUUAGUUAAAAUUUAAAUAUUCUGCCUAAAACUGGCAGUGUUGUGCCGUCGUCAGGUAAAAACUCUGCACUGCAUUUGAAUUUAAAUCUGCCACCGCUAUUGGCUAAGAGGUAUGCUAUGAUGUAAACUGUUACAUUAUGUCACAAUGCCGUUGUGAGCCUGUGUGUGUGUGUAUUUGUUAGCGGCUCCGCCCUCUCGGUCUGCUAGGCAACGGCAUUUGUUGCAUUUUUCAAACAUGAAGAGGGAGUUGAGUAAGUUUCUGGUAGGGGGUGACUUGCUCUUUAACUAGCUUUCAUAACAAGUUCAGGAUUUCACCCAAUCUUUGAGCAUUCAGAGUUUGUGUCUCAGCUUAGGCUCAAUAUCUGUAAAACGGACCGAAAUGUGACCAUUCUCGUGUUUGCUGAGAUUAGAUGUGGUGUCUCUCUGACUGACGAGUUAUUCUUCAUCAGUGACAGAGAGGUGAAUGAAUGUCCAGUUUAACCAGCAGCGAGUCAAUAAUUAACAUCUGAGAACAUGUUUGGUGACCUCCUUAUCUAAUAAAAUGGGAAAGUACAAGUUGACUGAGCUCACUGUGCACACAUCAACAAGUGUUGACAGAAGGUGAACCAGAUAAAAGCAAAUAUAGGACCUGACUGGUCAGACAGAGGGGUGUGCGUGGCUGGGGCAUUUCUUCCCCUCUGUCCACAUCUCUGUCCUUCUUUGAUCGUCUCUCUGUGAACGAGCAUGUCCUCUCUCACCAUACCACCGCCGCCAUGCCUCCAGAAGCGUCUGCUUGUACCGCACCGCUACAUGUUUGGACCUGGACCUUCCAAUGUUCCUCCACGCAUUUUGGAGGCUGGAGCCAAACCUGUGAUUGGACACAUGCAUCCAGAGAUAUUUGAGAUCAUGAAUGACAUCAAAAGUGGAAUUCGAUACAUGUUCCAGACCCAGAACAAGGUGUCGUUAGCUGUCAGUGGUACCGGCCACACUGCGAUGGAGUGUGCCAUCUUCAACACGGUGGAGCCCGGCGACAGCGUGCUGGUGGCGGUGAAUGGGAUCUGGGGAGAGCGAGCAGCAGACAUGGCAGAGAGGAUUGGUGCCAGGGUGAAUACCAUAGUAGCGCCCCCUGGAGGCUACCUGACCAACGCAGACAUCGAGAAGGCUCUAUCAAAACACAGUCCGGUGUUGUUCUUCCUCGCUCACGGAGAAUCUUCCACAGGAGUCCUUCAUCCUUUAGAAGGCAUUGGAGACCUGUGCCAUAAGUAUAACUGCCUGUUUCUGGUCGACUCUGUGGCUUCAAUAGGAGGGGCCCCUGUCUACAUGGACCAGCAAGGGAUUGAUAUCUUGUAUACAGGAUCUCAGAAGGUGUUGAAUGCCCCACCGGGUACAGCGCCCAUUUCCUUCAGUGAAAGAGCAUGCCGUAAAGUAUUCAAUCGAACCACAAAGCCGGUGUCGUUCUUUUUGGAUUUGAGUUGGCUUGCGAACUAUUGGGGCUGCGAUGACAAGCCAUCGAGAAUGUAUCACCACACAGGUCCGGUCACGGCUUUCUACUCCCUGAGGGAGAGUCUGGCUGUCCUCGCUGAAGAGGGUCUGGAGAAUUCAUGGAAAAGACACCAAAGGGUGAUGCUGUACUUCCAUGCUGGCUUGGAGAGCAUGGGUCUCAAACUUUUUGUUAAAGACAAAGACACAAGACUGCCUACAGUUACCACCAUUGUUGCUCCUCAUGGAUACGACUGGAAAGAAAUCACAGGCUACAUCAUGAAAACACACAACUUGGAGAUUUCUGGAGGGCUGGGACCAUCGGUUGGUUUGGUGCUGCGAGUGGGGCUGAUGGGAUGCAACAGCAGUGAGGCUAAUGUUGACAUGGUGCUAGCGGCGCUGAGAGAUGCCCUGAAACACUGUCAUAAGAGCAAAGUGUGACCAGUUUCUGUUGGAUCUGUUAAAUACCUUUUGUCAGGAUUACUGUGUGAGAAAUAAACAAUUCUGCUAAUAAA